UUAUUCGGCGCUUGAAUCUUCUACGGCUCGUUGGGAUGGGAUCCCUUUCACGAGCAAGUAGUCAUCGCUUCCUCGUUGAAGUCCGAAAACUCCGUGAUGUUGGUCUUCGACGGUCCUGACGAGGGAAAGGAAACGUAUAAGAGCCGUCCGACCCCGACUGUUCGAGGUGGACGUUCAUGAGGGCACACACAGCAACACUCUUCUAUCAUAUUCCCCUACAUUCAAGAAUCGAUAUCUUGUCGACUACAGACAUCUGCAAUCAUGGCAUCAACUUCAAUAACUCCAGUUUCGGAAUUUGACAGAGCACAGGGCAGAACAGAGUUGCGCGGAAAGGGCAUGUUUAAUUUGGACUUCCCAAAAGACGUGUUCGAUCCUGUGGUGGUUUCACCCACCUGCCGAUCAAUCUGUUACCCACAGAAGAGCAUGUGGCUCUGGCCAAAGAAGUCCAAGGAUGGCCCAACAGUCGUCGUUUUCCUUUUGCUUCCAGACCUGGACCUUACAAAAGUGCGCUGCGAGCUCCAACUCAUCCCUAUCCCUGAUCCUAUCGACGAAAACGAUCCAAUUUAUAAAACACCGUUGAAGAACCCCGUCAUCCCAGGAUUGGUCAGACCACUGGAAAAUCAGAAGCGCGUACCACACGGGUGGAAGAGAUUAGUGGCUUGCUGGCCUGGCUUUGUCACGGGACAACUUGACCCCGUGCAGGACCUCAAAGUGAAGCUGGGCUGUGAUCACUUCUUGAGGGCCUCUUUCGGUUACGGUGAUAAAGGGCUGGCUUUCGCACAGAACGGCCCCACAUUUAAGAUUCAUAAUGAGGACAGGAGCACGGAGGUCAAACAGGACGGGACUGGCAUGAUCACCGAUGUACGCGACCUAGGAUGGUUCAACUUGGUCAAUUUACACCGCAUAGAGAGCCAAGCCAUAAGAAAGAGAAUUUGGUUGAACUACUUGAGUACUUUGCCGGGUAUUGAAGCACCUGGGUGUUUCCACGACCUCCCUGUCCCAGCCAACUCACUCGCUGGUGGUUCCGAAGGUGUCGAUAUCAAACGUCCUCCCUACUUAGGAGCAGAUGAAUUUGAUGAUCCGCCUGAGGGACCUGCCGCUGACGCGACUAUUGAGAAGUGGCUUGGAGUGUGUCAUGCGAUUGAUGAUGAAGAUCGCCGGGACGUGGAAGAUCCGAGAACGUCUCCUUCAGUGUACUACGGGAGCACGUAUAACUCUAGUGAUGGAAGCCCGCCAUCUUUCGAUCUGUUAGGGUCAUUCUCUACCCGUGCCUCGCCCGAUCAAGAAUAACUCACUUGCGAGAAAUUUACUUGCAUGUUGAGACGGGAAGUUGGGGAUAUCUCCGUUUCGGGGUAGCUGAAGGAUUUCAUUACAUUUUCUUAGGAUGGUAUUCUCUGGGGUUGGCUUACAUUGUGCUCGAUACCACACAGUCAUUACUGCUUUGAUAUCGGAUGGGUGGAUGUGGAGGGUUUUGGGCAACAACACGAGAGAUAUAUGAGGUGAGGGAAGGGAUGUGAAGCCGAGGAGGAUCUCAUUUUCAGUCUGGAUCAAGCUCCAAAAGCUGCCAACUUAUGUAACGGCCAUUACAAUUUCGUGAUGUAUUGGGGUAGCAGGCAAGGGAGGGGAGGUGGGAUUACAGACAGUCAUUGCCAAUUAACAGGAAGGAGGGAAUAGAGUGUUCAGUCCUGCUGGCAGCGACAGAUAGGUCACGGUGUUCUUCGUGUUCUCAACAGCCAUUAACUAUCUA